AUGGACUUUGAGUUCGGAAAGGCGGUGCAGGAGCUUUACCCACUUAAACAAACCCAGCUGGCCGAGAAAGCGUCGGCGACAGGUUGUUCCCGUCCGAAGACGGGCCCGCUGGUGACUUCCCCGCUAACAACCACAGCGGUCAACCAUCCAGGCACGUUCCUGCUUCUGCUUGGCGACUCAUCUUCACAGCAGCUGAGGAAAGGACUUCCUUCCAGUUGCUCAAUUGACAUCGCCGCAAUGACCAGCAUCAAAUUCAGGGAGCCUUACUCCCAGGAGGAAUUGGACAAGCUCUAUCCCCCGCAUCUGAAGCUUCAAUUGGUCCAGGUGUUUAUGCGACAUGGAGAGAGAACUCCUGUGUCUGCGCGAUUCCAAAAUGCCGGCCUUCCAUCAUAUUGGCCAUAUUGCGCCGUCGCACGCCGGAUGACUUCAAUGGUAGCGACGAAUAAGGACCUCUCGACAUGGGACACCUUACAAUGGCGGAGGAAGAUUGAGACGUUCGGCCACGACGAUGAAGCCGUUCCGACGCGUGGCCCAGCAGGAGAGACUGAGGCAAUUUGUCAUGCCGGAGAGCUCACGGAUAAAGGACGGCAGACAACUUUCGAACUCGGACAGCGCUUACGCCAUCUCUACGUGGACCAGCUAGGAUUUAUGCCGCAAAUCAAAUCCAAUGCUGAAGAUAUGUACCUACGUGCCAGCCCUAUCCCUCGUGCUCUCGAAUCAAUGCAACAAGCUUUUAUGGGAAUGUAUCCUGCUAGCGCGCGCACGGCAGACUUUGCUACUCCGGCCAUUGUUACGCGAGCUUUUGCUGACGAGACUGUAUAUCCCAAUGACGCCAAUUGCAGACGUUUCAGACAGCUUUCAAGGCUUUUCGCAGAACGAGCUGCUCAGAGGUGGAACGAAACUGAUGAUAUGGAGUACUUGACCAAGCUAUUCACAAAAUGGAUGCCGUCGAGCUCUCCUCGAGUUGCUGUUGACUCUCGCCCCCGUCUUUCAGGUAUCAUGGACACUAUCAACGCCACUUUAGCUCACGGAGCAGCUACAAAACUCCCCGCAAAAUUCUACGAUGAGAAAGCACUCAAGAUUAUAGACAAAAUCGCUGUCGAGGAAUGGUAUGCAGGCUACAAAGAAAAUGAAGAAUACCGACGUCUCGGCAUUGGCGGCCUUAUGGGAGAUGUCGUUGAUCGUAUGGUAAGCGCUGCUCUGGAGGGCGGCUGGCGCAGCGAAGUGGCCUCUUCUAUCACAAGUGGUUCCAAGGUACCUAUAAAAUUCGGCUUGACCGGCUGCCAUGAUACGACUCUUGCCGCCGUUUUGUCCAGUCUGGGUGCAUUUGAUAAUGAGAGGUGGCCCUUUUUCACAUCUCACAUUUCGCUCGAACUAUUCUCGACCAACGCCGAGACACAGAACACUACUGUAAACCGAGAUUCGUCAUCCUCGUCACAAACCAAGAGUACCGGAUUGUUCUCAUUCUUUAGCAAACCCAGCGUCCCUUCCCUGCAAACUCCUGCUCCCAAAUCUUCUGUCGCUCGCAUCCCUCUGUCGGACCUGGAAGAAUCCAGUCGCGAAACCCUGCGCAAAUAUUAUGUUCGACUUCGCUACAAUGACCGACCUAUGAGAAUCCCAGGCUGUGUCUCGAAGACUGCAAAUCAUCUACCCGGCGACGACUCAUUCUGUACCCUGGAAGCGUUCAAAGAGAUUGUGGACAAAUUCACUCCAAAGCAAUGGCAAUCGGAGUGUUCGCAAAACAUCGGCGAAGGGAUCUUCGGAAAAGAUGGUAAAGAUAAAUCUGUUGCUGGCUAUUAA